AUGCAAAAUUACUCGUUCCGGCUGAUCCGCGGGGUGGCCGUGCUAAAAGGCGGAAAGAUCCAAGACUCUUUGCAACUUGAGACUCAAACGGCAAACACCAUGGUAGAAAUCGCGUCCAUUACCGCCCUUAUCCAAAAGUGUCGUACAGUCGUCAAAUAUCUCAAGGAUGUACAAGAGGCGCCUAACGAAUGCAACGAACUCAGGAGGGAGCUACGGCAUAUGGAGAUUCAUCUGUCUACCAUUAAAAUAAUCACAUCACUGUCGGCUGCAGGUGACCCGUGGCUGAUGAUUUUACAGCAGUUGAACGAUCCUUUCCGAGAGCUUACCGGGCUACUGGUUGGAAUCGAGAAGGGUCUGAAGGCUACAACGUCGUGGUGGAAAAAGGCAGGGCCGAGGUCUCAGUGGACCAUUUCGGAACAGAGUGCGAAGAAGGAUUUGAUGAAGAUUGAGGAUAUCGGGUCGUUGAUCAUGCAUGUUGUCGAACAGCACGAGUGUCUAUACAAAAAAGCCAAGGAGGUAGCGGAUUGGCUCACUCCUGUGGAUCAUAGUGCCAUUCAACGGGAUAAGCUGGAACAACGUGUUGGCGACACUGGAUGGUGGUUCUUAAGUCGUCGAUGUUUCAGAGUUGGGUGGAAGCUCAUGAAUUUUCAAGCUGGCACCGGAAAGACAAUCCUGGCUUCUAUUGCUAUCGAUUAUUUGCGCCGACGAUUCGCCAAAGAAAACAUUCCCGUUCUUUGCGUUUUUGGUGACUGGCAAAACGCCGGCGCUAGGACUGCGCUCAGCAUAAUACGCAGCCUGUUGAAGCAGCUUUUAAAUGCCAAAAAUGGCCUGUCUUCCUCACUGGAGAAUCGAAUCCAAUAUCAAACGCUCAAUGAAUUCACAGAGCUUCUUAGGACCCAUUUGAAACGAUACCAUCACGCGUACAUCGUCUUUGAUGCAUUGGAUGAAUUUCCGGGUGAUAGGAAGGAGUUGGUUUCUGUCUUGAAGUCAUUAGGAGACAGUGUUCAUCUCAUGGUCACCUCAAGAAGCAAUGCACGCAUGGAACGGUUGUUUCAGGAUGAUGAAGAACUGCGUAUUCGAGCGGACGACGACGAUAUUCGGAAAUUAAUCUUGAAUAAGCUCAAUCAUGAGGAGUCUCUUUGUGUCUCCCUUACAGAUCGCGGUGAUCUGCGCCAGAGCAUACUGACUAGGAUCGUGGAGGGGGCCAACGGCAUGUUUUUCCUGGCGGAUAUGCACAUGACUCUACUAGCUCAGACCAAAGAUCGGGACGAACUUAUUGAGGCGCUUAACAAGCUACCAGACACUAUUGAAGGCACAUACGAGCAUUUCCUGGAAAGGGUCGAUUACUCUACCGCUCGAGAAUACCUUAUUUCUCAAAAAGACAGACUGUUUCCCGGUGUCCAAGAGCACAUAACAUGUACCUGUCUAACCUACAUGUCAUUCGACGUAUUUCACUCUCCCAAUGUCCUUCCCUUACCAAAACCCGAAAUCUCCGCAAAGUAUCCAUUCCUCAAUUAUGCGUCGAGUAACUGGGCAAUUCACGCCAGGAAGUGUGCACGGGGCUCUGUGGAAGAGGAUAUCCUCGCUUUUUUGCCAACCCAAGCAAGAAUUGCUCUGUCUUUUGAACAACCACCAGACUUGGAACCGGAAGUACCACGUACUCCUGCUUGGUUUGCUGCCAAAUAUGGUUUGCUGAAUCUUUUGGAGGCUCUUGUGGAGCGAGGGGUUGAUCUGCAGCGUGAAAACGUGCUGUGUAUUGCAGCCCACGGAGGGCAGCUUGACACGGUAAAAUUGUUGUUGUCGCGCGAUGAUGUGGACGUAAAUCAGGCCAGCAAGAUCACGUACCUUUACGAUUACUCUAUCGAUCGCAACGACGGUGCCAAUCGACUUGGAUUCGAGGACGGAAGAGCGUCUCGUCCUACUUUCUGCACGCCUCUCAUCGCCGCUGCCUCGAAUGGUUACGAAGAAAUUGUUAGGGUGUUACUAGAAUCCGAGGACAUGAAAUCCAUGAACCUUUUACCUCCCAGUGGACCCACCGCAUUAUCAGUGGCCGUAUUUGGUAACCACACUGGAGUGGUCAAGCUCUUGCUGUCGCAGCCUGGCAUCGACACCUCCAUCCGAUUUCUAGACGAAACUCCUCUUAUGCUUUCCAAAAGGAAAUGCAGAGACAAUAUCGUGAAAAUAUUUAUCGACCGAGGAAAUGGCGAUGACGGUCUCCGGUGUAGUACCUCAGACUAA